AUGAAAAAAAUAAUAUUAUUUUUAACAGUACUACUUGUAUUAUUAUUUGGUAAAAUUGAAUCACAUUCAUUUAUGAAAUGUGUGGAUUGGGAUUUUGGUUCAAAUUCAUGUGCAGCAUACCCAAGAAACUAUAGAUUUUAUGAACAACAAGGCGAUGGUUUCUUAUUCCAAAGAGGUAAAUUCACAAAACCAUACCCAACUGAAUUGGGUCAAUCAUGUGGCCCAGCACAAAGAAGAAGUUCUUCAAUUACCAAUCUUUAUAGUUCAAAACAUCCAAUGGGAAAUUUCCAAGCUGGUCAAAAGAUUUGCCCACAAUGGCCAGCAAGAAACCAUGCGACUGCAUUAAGAGCUGGUACCGUUAGUUUCUACCUUUCUCCAAAAAUGACAUCAGAUGCUCCCGCAGAUCCAAGUCAAGAUGUAUUCUUCCAAAAUUCAAUCCAUUCAAGCCCAUUUGGAAACUGUACAAAAUAUUAUGAAAAUACAAAUAAUGCAACAUGUACUGCAUGUUUUGAUUUACCAAUGGAUAUUUCUCCAGGUUUAUAUAUUCUUCAAUUUUUCUGGGAGUUUAAUCCAAAGGAAUAUUAUUUAACAUGUGCUGAUAUAAUGAUUUCCAGUGGAGGUGCAUAUCAUUACCAUGAACCACAAAGACCAUCUCGAGAAGAAUACCCACAAAGACCAUCUCGUGAAGAACUUCAAAGAGAAGAAAGACAAAGAGAUCAAGAAGAACAAGCCAUAAGAAGAAAGAGACAAAAUGAUGAGUAUCUUGAAUUGCAAAGAGAAAAAGAAAGAGAACAAAUGCAACGUGAUAUAGAGAGAAAAGCUGCAGCAGAAGAGUCCAGAAAACAUAAAUCAACCAUUUUCCAAUAUAUUAUGAGAGAUGGUAAAUUGGAAAGAGAAUUCUCAAGUGCAAGUUGGGGUCCAUAUUCAAAGAAGGAGGUUGAAUAUUAUGAAACUAGACCAAUACUUGGAAAUGUUUUAUUCUUUAAAUGUGCAACUGGAUCCAAUUGUUUAUCAAGUAAAGGCAAAAGAACCCUCAACAUCAACAUUUUAGGUUUUAAAGAAAUCAUUUCAAAUACUCAAGUUAACCUCUUAACCAAAGGUGAAAAAAUUCCACUCUCAAUUUCAUUAGAACCAUACAUUGAUUCAUCAUUUAUUGAUGAUGGUGAUUCAUACAAUACAAUUAGCGUUCCACUUCAAAGAUUCUAUAGAAAUGAAUUCUAUGCUAUUACUCUAUCUGGUUAUGAUGAUUCAAAUAGUGAUAUUAUUAGAGUUCAAUCAAUUUCACUUUCAAAUUAA